AUGGAAGGACAGCCAGAUGCAGAGACAAGAAAUCAAGACCAGAUGAAUCACGAAAAGGAACGUGCAGAGGAUGAGUGGAACAGUUGGCGAAGAGGACAGGUUCGGAACACGCUGUACCUCGUGUCCGCAGCUGCUCAGUGGAUAUUACUGCUCACCUGCUUGAUUUACCUCGGUAUAGAUUCUCUGCAACCCUCAACGGAUAUAGAGAAAUCUGAAGCAGUCAGUAAGGAUCACCUCUGUGCCUCCAGCAUCCCUGGCAGCCUUUCCUGCACACGGGUGAAGGAGCUGCUCUAUUCCUGUAACACGAGGCCAAAUACAUGGAAGUCAGCCCAACACGCAUCUCAGCAGCUCACCUGCUCGUAUAGGAAGCCUGUGGCAAAGGGGGCUAGAUCGCCCUCCCGGCUGCGAAUGGAAGGCGAUAGCAGGAGGAGCCGCCCGCUCGUUGCCUUAACUAGGAUGUCUCUCUUUAUUUUUCAGGCUCCGAGAGACAUUUGGACCCACAUUCGAUACACAGGUGAAAGCAUCGAAGGAGUAGCCUUGAAUCUGAUAGCUGAAGUGGGCUUUAUUCAGAUCCAAAAUGGUUCCAUCAUAAUCCCCUGUGAUGGCCUCUACCUAGUGUCACUGAAGGGCAUUAUCCAUCUCCCUGUCCCAGCUGUGCUGAAGCUGACACUGUGGAAGAUCAGUGAGUCCCUCUGGGAGCAAACUGUCCAGGGCAGAAGAAAUGCAGUAGAUAUCACCACAGUGCUCUACUUGUUUAAAGAAGACAACAUCACCCUGCAGACCAGCUCCAACGCCACCAUCGAGGAUUUGUCAUUUAGCCUUGCGUUACUGAACCACUGUAAAUGAUGACACGUGAA